GGGCCGCCACGUCUCCGUGCGUGUGCGCGCGCGGCGGGGGCGGGGCGGGAAGAUGGCGGCCGGCAUCCGGGAGAAGCAGACGGUGGCUUUGAAACGUAUGCUGAACUUCAAUGUUCCUCCUGUUAAAAACAGCACAGGAGAACCAGUAUGGAAGGUUCUCAUUUAUGACAGAUUUGGCCAAGAUAUAAUCUCACCUUUGCUGUCAGUGAAAGAGCUGAGAGAUAUGGGAAUCACUUUGCAUCUGCUUUUGCAUUCUGAUCGGGAUGCUAUUCCAGAUGUUCCAGCUGUUUACUUUGUCAUGCCAACAGAAGAAAAUAUUGACAGAAUGUGCCAGGAUCUUCGAAACCAGCUUUACGAAUCUUACUAUUUAAAUUUUAUUUCUGCCAUUUCAAGAAGUAAACUGGAAGAUAUUGCAAAUGCUGCUAUAGGUGCUAAUGCAGUAACUCAAGUGUCUAAGGUGUUUGAUCAAUAUCUUAAUUUUAUUACUUUGGAAGAUGACAUGUUCGUAUUGUGUAACCAAAACAAAGAACUUGUUUCGUAUCGUGCCAUUAACCGACCAGAUAUAACGGACACAGAAAUGGAAACUAUAAUGGACACUAUUGUUGAUAGCCUCUUCUGUUUUUUUGUUACACUUGGAGCUAUUCCUAUAAUCAGAUGCUCAAGAGGAACUGCAGCUGAAAUGGUGGCAGUGAAGUUAGAUAAGAAGCUCAGAGAGAAUCUAAGAGAUGCCAGAAACAGUCUUUUUACAGGUGACACGCUUGGAGCUGGCCAGUUCAGCUUCCAAAGGCCCCUAUUAGUCCUUGUUGACAGAAACAUAGAUUUAGCAACUCCUCUACAUCAUACUUGGACAUACCAGGCUUUAGUGCAUGAUGUUCUGGAUUUCCAUUUGAAUAGAGUUAACUUGGAGGAAUCAACAGGAAUGGAAACUUCUCCAGCAGGUGCUAGGCCUAAGAAAAAAAAUAAGAAGUCCUAUGAUUUAACUGCAUCUGAUAAAUUCUGGCAAAAGCACAAGGGCAGUCCUUUUCCAGAAGUAGCUGAAUCUGUUCAGCAGGAACUGGAAUCCUACAGAGCCCAAGAAGAUGAAGUCAAAAGACUUAAAAGUAUCAUGGGUAUAGAAGGGGAGGAUGAAGGAGCAAUAAGUAUGCUUUCUGAUAAUACAGCUAAGCUUACUUCGGCUGUCAGCUCUCUUCCAGAGCUUCUGGAAAAGAAGAGACUCAUUGAUCUUCAUACAAAUGUUGCAACAGCCGUUUUGGAGCAUAUAAAGACUCGAAAGCUGGAUGUGUAUUUUGAAUAUGAGGAAAAAAUAAUGAGCAAAUCCACUCUGGAUAAAUCUCUUCUGGACAUGAUUUCUGACCCAGAUGCGGGAACUCCAGAAGACAAAAUGCGAUUAUUUCUUAUCUAUUACAUAAGCUCAGCUCAGGCACCUUCAGAGAUUGAUUUGGAGCAGUAUAAGAAGGCAUUGACGGAUGCAGGUUGUAAUCUUGCUCCUUUGAACUACAUAAAACAAUGGAAGGCUUUUGCUAAGAUGGCUUCAGCUCCAACCAGCUACGGAAAUACUACGCCUAAGCCUUUGGGUCUGUUUUCACGUGUUAUGAAUACAGGAUCACAGUUUGUAAUGGAAGGAGUGAAGAACUUGGUACUGAAGCAACAAAAUCUACCAGUCACACGUAUAUUGGACAACCUUAUGGAGAUGAAGUCAAACCCUGAGACAGAUGACUACCGGUAUUUUGACCCCAAGAUGCUACGAGGCAGUGACAGCUCAGUUCCAAGAAACAAAAAUCCAUUCCAGGAGGCGAUAGUGUUUGUAGUUGGAGGAGGCAACUAUAUUGAAUAUCAAAAUCUUAUUGAUUACAUAAAGGGAAAACAAGGCAAACAUGUCCUAUAUGGCUGCAGUGAACUUUUUAAUGCUACACAGUUUAUAAAACAGCUUUCUCAACUUGGCCAGAAAUAAGACUGAAACACCAUUACCUGGAUGGCAGCGUGAUGACAGAUUUGUUACAACAUUCGGAUAUCUUCAUAUCUAUGAUUUUGUCAUUAUAUUAAAACUUAAACCCAUUUCAUUAAUAUGAUAACUUUUAAAGAAAAUCUGUAAUACAGUGUAUACCAACAUCUCAGAAAUAAACCUUAAAACGUGCUAUAUUUUUGGGAGGUCAGUUUCAUGUUAUUACAUUUGAAAUAGCUACAAUCUGUGACAGAGCUGGCUGAAAAGCACGGCAUUUUCAAGUUCUUAUGUAUAGUUUCUGUUACAGUCAACAAAGUAAUAGCUGGAAGAAAAGGUCAAGUCUGUCUUUAGGAGAUGUGUUCUUCUUGAAAGCCAGACUGUCUUUGUUUAACAAAAUUGAAAAGGACAAAACUGCCUUUUAGGAACACAGCCAAACAGCCUUAGUGCAAGACAACUACUACUUCUAGUUCUUACCCUUUUAUUUUUCUAAAGUCAUUAUAUGUGUAUGUAGAUUUGUGCAGUCUUCACUUGAUGGUCCAAAGAUGUACUUGAAGAUACCUUCAGUACAAGUUUCUAAUAGAGUAAUUUAGCUCUUCUCUUAAGGCUAAGAGAAAAUUGCUUGCUUACAUAGUCAGUUUCAAAAUGCAAAAUCUUUAAUAGUUUUCUUCUGCACUUUUUUUUAAUUGUAACUGCUUUGAAUGUUAAGUUUGAGAAGAAACUUCCAAACUGUUCUGUAUGCACUGACUUAAAAUACAGUUUUUAACAAUUUUAUUAGGUAGGGGCAGUUUAAUAGUUCAAAGAAUCUCAUGAUAUAAUUAAGUUUUGCCAGUAAUGAUAGCUCUGGAUUGUGUGUAUGAGAAUUGAGAGGAGGUAACAAAAUUUCUAGAUGUAGGUCUCUGUCUCUAGAAAUGUCCUUUCUGGAAAUGACACUACUGCUGGUGAAGCAAUAAUAUGUCUUCAAAAUGAAGCUGAACAUACUCAGUAAGUGAGAAGAAAGCGCUUGUGGGUUUAUUAACAAACUGUGAGAUCAUAAGAAUUACUGACUGACUGUCUGUAAAUUUUUCAGCAAUGUUUUUUGCACAGUUCUUCAAUGUUGAGUGUUAAUUUUGCUCUGAAGGCAACAUCUUUUCCCCAGCUAGAUUCUUUUUCAAAAAUCUAUACGAGAAAUGCAGUUGAUCUAUUCCUUAAAAGUAUCACAGUAAAACCAUGCGUAAUCCAGACCAAGUUAUCAAAAAGUAAUAGUGUUGUUUAAUUAUCUCAGCUGAGUGUUGUAAGCUACUCCACACCACUACUAAAAACUUUGUCAAGUCAGUAAAUAGAUUUGUUGUGGUAUUAAUUAUAGUUGUUGUAUGUGAACACACACCCAUACUUCAGUCACAAAGGUCUCGCUCUGUCAAAUGCUGUUUGUUCCCUAUAUAUACACUGUAAGUAAAACCAAGGCCAAAGCGCAUUUGGAAAAGAAAAUUACAUUUAAGGUGUUUAUUGCUUCCUGUGGGAAUUCAUUCCAGGAGUUUGAAAUAUCUCCAAGAAGACUGUGCUUCCUAUGCAGUCUUAGCCUUGCAGCUGAAGCCCAACUUCUGAAAAAAUGUCCUUUUCGUCUGGGUCUUAUGGCAGCCUGUGAUACAAUGGAUCCCACUCUUUUAAGCCAAGAGUACUUCUAAAUUGGAGCUGACAGAAUUUGGUGUUCAGUACACUAUGUAAAGAUACCUGAAAUUACUUCAGUGGUUGUGUUCAAAAACUGAAUUUGCAGUCUUUACACUGCCUCUGGAGACGAGUGGUGUUUGUGCCCGGCUUUUUACCUACAUCUCCAGGACUGUUGUGUGAGCAUGCACUGGUCAAUUUGGGGUUUGUUUUUUUUAAAUUUAAUAAAUACAAUUUUAGUACUUCAAACAUUCUUCUCUUUCCUCUCCAAACUAGAUUUCUGGAUUUGCUGUAUUAGUGGUCUUAAAGUUCUCUGUUACUAUUCAAAUCCGAGACGUACCACUUUGUCUUUGUAAAGGUGUACUUAUUGUGUUUCUUCCCUUCUAACACAACCUACGUUAUGGCAUGCUGGUUUCUGUUUCAUGGCCCUUUUCCCUAAAUACCUCUCAUAGUAUUAGGAAUGUAGAAGGUUGUGCAAGAAGUCUCCAUGGUUAAUCUAGAGGCAAACUAUGUUAAAAGCAAGCUGGCUCUGCGGCAAGUUUAUUCCAUUUAUAGCCAGUCACUAUGCCCUUCACAUCCUCAAGGGUCCCUUAAAGCCCUGCACAUAAAGGAGAGGUUACACCUGACUCAGUGAGUCUUUUAAGUAAAUAAUAGUGGCAGCGUUCAUGUUGCUAAUAAGUAUUUUUGGAUGGCUGCAUGGGGGACAGGGGAGUUUUUGAACUUUUCUAUCCUCUUUGUUAAUAAGCCUCAGGCAGGACUGUCUGGCAGGGCAGCGCCAACAGCAGCACUGCCUCUGACACAGCAGCUCGAGCUUCCACAUCUCAAGACUGGCAGUUCUUCAUUGGGAUCUACCUUCCCAUUUAGAUAAGUAAAAGCAGCAGGAGACGGAGUUUCAAGUGUCAUACUUGUUCUCAGGAAGAAAAUAAGCAGUAUUCUGCUGUGGAAAACUGACAUGUCUGUCUUUCAGGAAGUAUAGACAAAUCCUACAUAUGGUUUCAUAUACUUGUCACUUAAGAAAUAAUUCACCAUUUGAAACAAUAACCCUUCACUUGUUUUCUUGCAUUUCUAAAAUGAAGAUUUUAGAAUAUUUAGAUGGGUAUUUUGUGAAUUAAUGAUGAAUUCAGUGCCUUUGUUUUUCAGAAUUAGACACUUCUAAAAAAGAAAAAGUAACAAUAAAAAAGGAAACAACCAUAACAAAGAAAAGAAACCACUGGAGACCACCACUAUAUUUAAAUGCCUCUACUAGCGUAGUGCUGUCUGAUACAAGUCCAUAUUUCUUUCCUGUGUUAGAAGGAAAUUUUGCUAAGAUUGAUGGUGUUUACAUCAAUCUGAAAUCAAUGUAAAAUAUCAGAUUUUUCCCAAAGCACAUCAGUACUUCAGAUAAUAGGAAUGCUGCUAUCAUUCACAGUUACAGAGCCAACAGUGCAUACGAAACCCUGUGACUGGAGUUCAAAAAAGGGCAACACUUGUCUUUUCACUUAAAUGAUAGAAGUCCAAAAUAGAAUUGCUUAAUGGUUAGUCCAGUGCGUUGACUGGAGCAAUCCUAAGAGUGAAAGAUUUAUAAGUAGGUACAUAAGAACCAACUUCAAAAAUAUCACAACUGAAUUCUUCAGAUCUGAAAUAAAAGAUGUUGGGCCAAAACACCCUUCUAUCCCUUGUUUACUGACAGUCAGAGGAGAGACCUUUUUGCUCUCUUUGCUUGGGUGAUUCUUUAGUUGUUACUCAUUGCUGACGGACGGCUCUGGCUCAUAGAAAGUCAAGCAUGGGCAGUGUUCUAGGAUUACAAAAAAAUUAGCCACAGUAGCAAUGAUUUCUCUGUAACUUCAGAGAUCAGAGAAGAUGUUAAUAGUUUUUUUUUUAUAGGGGAUCAGUAGAUGGUUUGAACCACUUCUGUUUUGUUUGGAAAUGGUUUAAAGACCCCGCUGUGUAGAAAUCUCAGUCAUUUUCAUCAGCGUUCAAAUAUAUUCUGCUCCUUAAUGUGGUCGCAUGUUACUGAAACAUGCAUGCCCUCCUUCAAAACCAUCCAAACUCUGCAUAUUUAAUCUAUCAAUGCAUCAUAAUUUUUUUUCCUAUAAUUGUAAACCUUUAGGUAGUUCAAUUGCCACAAAUUGAAAUUCUAAUUAUAAACUUCGUAGAUUUCUUUUUAUCUGCUAGUGUCUUUCACCUCCUGAAAACCAAGCAGGACCAAAUUUUAUAUGUUUAAAGUGUUAUAUUGAACUUAUACCAGCUCCUUUGCAUAAUUGCAUAGGUUGGCUUUCUUGGUUUGGCAGUGGAGGAGUGAUUUUAUCCUGUGAAACCAGAGACAUCCCCAAAGCCUCAGGACUGUCGCUCCCCAGUCCUACUUCAGUCUUCCCAUCUCAUGCGCGUGCAUUCCUGUUUUCUACAAUCUACGGGGUAGAUCAUAUGCAUAACACUUUUAAAGAAAACACUUUUUAACACCUCAGCAUGGACACACAACGUAACUGUUAUUUACUGCUCCAAAUUCUUACUUGUAUUAUGUAAAUAUCAUGAAAAUAAACAGAUGAAAAUUAACCUGGAUGAAUGUGAAGUGCCAGAGUGGUUUGUAGCUUCCCAUAACAAGAAUUGGUGUGGAUUCGUUCCCUGUUUGCUGAGAGGUUUUGUUUCAGAUUUAGUAAUAAUGACCUGAUACGAAUACAAUUUGCCAUUGUGUUUCCUAUAGCUGAAACCGCUCUCUCCACGCUUUGUCUCCCUCCCUUAAAUAAAUUGAUAAUAUCUUCUCUCUCUAUAUAUAGAUCUUAAUAGGUUUUUGAUUUAGUUUUAACAAAUAAUGGGAUCGCUCCUACUUCAUUUUGAGGAGUAAAAUUACACAGAUCAGCUCAAAUAAUUUUUUUGUGGUGGACUUAAUUGAGCUGUUUGAUGCACUCCCUGAAAUGAACUAGGACCAUUUGUACAUUCUGCUACAAUGGCAAAGCUUUCAAAGAUUUCUCAGUUCUUACUGCAUCUCUAGCAAAGAGAAUGAUUGCAACACCUAUAUAAGGUGCCAUACUUGCUCUGCUCUGCAAUGUUUAUCACAAUGCAAGCGUAGCAUUAAAUUGAUUUAAAAAUGGAAUCCAGGCAUUCAGUCUGAUAUAUGCCUCUCAAAACUUAAACCAUAAAUCAACACAUACAGUUCUUACCUGUUUCAAAUAUGAAUAAAUGUGUUUAUACACUUUUUCUAGACCACAAAUACGCACCACAUGAAAUCAACUGAGUAAGGGCAACAUUCUCUUCCAUAAAUCCCACAUAAUUAUUGUCUUCCUACUUUGUUUGUUCUUCAGUGCAUUGGUGUUUUCUGUUCAGUGUUCAUAAUGAAAACUAUCAGAUCAGGUCACAAAACCAUACGAGGGAGACAUCAGCCAAAGAUGAUGGAUUAUGGCACAAAAUGUUUCACAGACAUGCACAAUUUUUUUUUCUAUAGAGGUUGUAUAUUAGCAAAGCGAACUGUUGUAUUGCCAGCCUUGCUAGCACCAAAAUAAACCCUCUCUUUUUUAUGUGUGAAGGAAGUCAAACACUGCUGGUGCAAUAUUUGCUUCAAAUUCCUUUUCCAGUGUGUUCUGGUCCUGUUGGAGGAUCUCCUUUACUUCGUUUUCCUGGGAUUGUUGACAGCUGAACUACUGAACUCCAGCUGGGAUGCAAGUUCACCCUUGAACUAGAACAUCCAUCCAUUUCCAUAGAUCAUUAAUCAGCCAUGGGCCGUGUUCAUUCAGAUAUGGUUUUAGUUGGUAACUCAGAGGGGAAAGAUUACUCCUUAACGGCAUAGGAGUACUGCAGUACUGAGGGUAUUUUUUUCUUCCCAAUGAAAAAGCCUUUGGGUAGCCAACCUUCCCUCACUUUAACCAUGCUCAGAUGAGUACUUUGAAAGCAAAGAACAUGGAGGUAAGAACUACCACACAGGGAAGGUGGCCUUCUGUGGUUUCUUAUACCUCCAUCAGUCUAGAGGUCAUCUUCAUCACGGGAAGAACAUGUGGUAGUUAGAAGAAGAGGGAGGCUAAUCAAACAAGCAAAUUAACAACUGGAAAUCCUCCAGGAGUAAGUGUCAGAGAUGACAAGCACACUUGCUAUGUAGACCCUCAUUGUACUCUGCAGGAUUGUUCUGCAGCUCUUAUUGGGAAAUUGUACAAGUCUUCACUAGCCACGCCACCAGCUUUCUGAUGAUUCUGCAAGUCAUUUUUUUUCUUUUCCAGUGAGGAGUCUGGUCCAUAAAUCUUGCCUUGCAUAGGGCAAAAACAAAGCAGUGUUUAUCAGCCCAAGGCUCUCAGGGAGAAGAGCGAGUACUCAUGUCUUUAGCCACGCUCCCUCCUCGCUGGAAAAGUUGAAUUUCCGUAGGCAUCAAGGCCCAACAUGAAAAUAGGUGAACCAAAAAGAGGUCACACUUCUGCAGAACAAGUUCAUUAUUUUUUUUUUAUGAUGCAAUCUCUCACUUAUUAGUUACAAUUAAGCUUCUGUCUUUUUUCCCUUACCUCUCGCCAUCAAUUCACUGCAAUACCCAUGAUCAAAAGCACAGUAUAUUUUAGGAUAGGAUCCAGCUUAGUCAAACCAUCAAUGAAAACCUGAUGAAAACAGAUGCAGUUUUGUAAUUGCAGCAGCGAACCAUGAACACCAAAUUUGUGAUGUUUUCCAAAUUCUUUUUCCUCCUUUAGGUGUCAUUAGUAAUUUGUUUUGCUGGUCUCCUGGCCUGGCCUCCCUAUGUGCCAUCUCUAUCUAGUCAGAAUCUGGGCUUCAAGUGCCAAGCUCACCAGUAUCCUAGCCAGGCAUUCUACAAAGCCUGACAGUUCUUCAAGUCCCUUCAUCAACACUGGCGAGAGCCCUAAAUUACGUAAGGGCCUUAGAAACUUGCUCCAGUGUCCCAGCAGAGGCAAGGAUUUAGCCCCAAAUGUUCAUAUUGAUACUUCAAAGGAAACAGCUAGUUCCCUUCCCAAAACCACAGGAACAUUUGUACAUCUCAAGUUCCUGAAGCAAAAACACAUCAGAUUUGGAAGAAUCUUUUGGCAUGAGGUGACCUUGCUUUCUGUUACCUAUUUCUAAUAAACACCCAUUUUGGGAAUGAAAACAGUGCUAAGAAAAUAAAUGCAACUCUGGCUGACUUAGAUCUAGAAAGGCUUCGGAAAUUUUCACAGUAAGAAAUUGAGAACAAAAGUCUCUAUCAGUUAAUAUGUUGCAUUUUGAUGCUGUUAAGAUAGAUACGUAUAUUUUCACAAUGAAAACAGAAAAGCUAAAUGACCUUAAAAUAUAUUCACUGAAAGGCGAUCUUACUGUAGUCUCUUCCUUCCUUUUGCUUAAAAUUAUUACAUGAAAGGGGUUCAAUUUGUUCAAGUGUUUUUCCUGAUUCGCCAAAAUUUACCCCUUCUAUACACAAGAAACCCAUUUUUCUCAUCGUGCCUAGUGCUCCUAAAUGUAGGAAGGCUUCCUCUUCUGCAGCUGCAUCCUAGAGAAAUCUGUAAGUGAGCAGCCACUAUAUCCAAGUCCAACUUCUCAAACUGGUUUGUUGGUUUGGGUUUUUUCCCUCCUCACAGUGGAAGUAAAAAUGGAGAUGGAUGGCAGAACUGAUUGUUAUUUGCAGAUGCAUCUUGAUUACCAUCUUAAUUUCUCUUGCUCAUUGGAAAACAAUUUUGGCUGUGUCUGCGACCUCAUGACGGCCAAAACUGCAAACCUCAGGGCAGGACAACCUGGCUCUCAGCUCUGCAGCACACAGUUCUCUAUGAAAAGGACUCCAUGGCUGCUCAAACUCCAGCACAUCCAAAGGUUGAGGAGCGCUAUUCAGUGUCAUGGUCUAAGCCAGACAGCACAGAAGGUGUUGCUGCCUGGGUAGGGAACUUCGCUGGCGUCAGUAAAGGCCAAGAGGGACUGUGAAAGAGGAAGGUCCAGUUGAGCCACCUUUCUUCUCUCAACUGAAGGCCCAGAUCAGAAAGUGUGACAGAAGCAGGAGGAAGGUUCAUGGGGCUGGCCCGCCUUGGGGCCAGCUUAUUUGGUUUGUGGAAAGUUCUGGAGUGGUCAAAUACUAAAUGCUCAUUGUUCAGUGUGACCACAGGUGAGGACUGGCAACUGAAGGGGUUUCAGCCUGUCUUACAAAGGGCAAAUGCAGAAUCGGGCCCUUCCCAAGGCAUCAAGGUGUAGAGGUUGUUCAGGCAGCAGUGUGGGAGGAGAAGGGGUCAUAAAAGGACUCCAGCACAAUUCCAAAAAGGAGAGUCUCCCCUGAAAUUAAAGCCAAGGACAGAAAGUAAUGCUGUGGGUCUGUGAGCCUACAGAGACAUGCUGAACAGGCUCCCACUCUCCACAGCAGCCAUGCAUAGAGGACCUGGCAAUAACAGUGGGCCGACAGGGGCUGUCUCUCUCCCUUCCUCCUCUCUCCUCCACAGGAUGAUGGCCAGGAGGAGAGCAGGGCACUGAGCCAUGGGCCUCUAGUGACCACAUAUUGUUGUUAGCAUCUGUCACCAAACAGAGCCGGGAUAGAGACUCCAACGUACCAAAAUCACAUCCUGCUGAGCUAGGGAUGAGACUGGGGGCACACUGGCAUUCUUCACUAGAAGAAUUGGCUACCAAAGAACUAGUGAAUAAAUUCACAUGUUUAGACUCAGUACUAAAUAGCUGGAAAAAUGAAUGGUGCCUAACCAAAAAGCAUUUGCAAGAUCUGUUGUCAACAGAAGCUAUAAGCACAAAGAAAACACAGUUCAAAUGAUUGCAGGUACUCUGAGAUGUUGUAUGUUGUUUGGUGCCACAGCUGCAGUUCCACUCUAAAAUUUCACAGGUAUACAGAAGAUUUAGUGGUUUGGCAAUGAAUCAAUGAAAAAGAGAGAGGUGGAAGUCACAAGCAUUAGGUUUAUCCUGCUGUUCUUUUAUCUGAAGGCCUGGAUUGAAGAAAACAAAAUCUUAACCAUGUCCUUGUAUCAGAGGUUGGCUAUAAAUUACAAUCUUUUGCUACAAAUAUCACUACAGCUAUUUUGACAGAAAGCACAAGAAAAUAUGAGUUUAUGCCAAUGGGCUGCCUUGCAACGCUUACAGUGAGGUUCCUAGGUCUUUUGGAGAGACUGGUGCUCCUACAAGACUAUGCAAGACUAUUUGAAUCAAAUUCUUGAAAAAAAGAAUGCAAGACCCACAGUCAAGGAAUAUCUACCUGCAAGAUCUUACACUGUUUUGUGUAUUCUUUUAUUCAUCCCCAAAUUCAUGAAAAAUUCAUCAGAAAAUUCAGUGCUUUAUGUACUACAACAGCAGACAUGCAACAUGUAUUUCCACACAUGUAAGGGCAGAAGCAAAUCUCAUGAUUAAACGUGAAACAUUGUUUUGGGUAUCUUAACAUUUUCCAUAUCAUCACAGUUACAUUACGUUGUUGUCUUCCUUAAGCAAGUAUUUUUUUAUUGUAUGUGAUACUUCAAAGGCCUGAACAUGUCUAAAUUUAAGAAGUCAGUAGCACAGUUGUUUUGAAAUGGGAAAAGAGUUUACAGGAUGGUGUGAAUUAAAAUAAAAUUACAGGAUGGUGUGAGUUAAAAUAAGAUUAUUAGUAAUCAAAUAACAUUGUUAUUUUUCUUGCUAUUUACAUUAAGCCUGACUAGUAGGCGAGUA